AUGAUGAAGUAUUUCUUGGGCCAGAGCGUGCUCCGGAGCUUCUGGGACCAAGUGUUCACUGCCUUCUGGCAGCGGUACCCAAAUCCCUAUGGCAAAGAUGUCUCGACGGAAGACAGUGCGACCUCUGACCAGAAGCUUCUGUCCCAACAACUCCUGACGAAGAUGAACGGGAUGCCCCGCUGGGCUGAGCGACUGUUUCCUGCCAAUGUUGCUCACUCAGAGUACAUCCUGGAGGUUUCUAUUGUAGCCCCACAAAACCAGACCAGGACCACCUUCACCUGGAACAUCAACCACGCCCGUCUGAUGGUGGUGGAGGAACGAUGUGUUUACCAUGCAAACUCUGAUAACAGCGGCUGGACCGAAAUCCGCCAGGAAGCCUGGGUCUCCUCUAGCUUAUCUGGCGUCUCCAGAGCUGUCCAGGAAUUUGAUCUCGUGCAGUUCAAAAGCAACAUGACCAAGACUAUGAAGGGUUUUGAAUACACCUUGGCCAAGCUGCAAGCCAAGGAAGCCAAGGAGAAGGCCACGGAGACGGCACUGGCAGCUACAGAGAAGGCCAAGGACCCUGCCGGCAACGCAGCGAACAAGCAGCAGCAGCAGUUCGUGCGGCCAGCCCAGGCCCCAGACAGCAGCCUGGCAGACUACCGGCUCCAGUCCCUGUGGCCCUCCUCCUGUGCUUUAUUAUUAAAAGCCAGCUUCCAGUCCUGUCGCCUGUCUGGGUGGUGGCUGAGGACAGAGGCGCAGUGA